CCCCUAUUCGACUUAUCGGCUUGUAUUUAAUACGCGCAAUUUAAGCGUCGUUUUGUUUACGUUUUUGUUUUGAAUAAAAUAAUACAUAAAGCAGUAGCAAUGGAUUUCAAUCAGAGUACCUACAAUGUGGAGUUUUUUAACUUCACGCCAGAACAGAUAGCUGCUGAAAGGGACAGUCUAGUUCUAGCGCUCAUCGGCCGAGCUGUAAAGACAACGAUUCAGAAAAUUGAAACGCCAGCUACAACUGCACUACUGGACCAGAGUAAGGAUGCUGUCAUUCGCCUAAUGAUGCAAGCCUGUCAGCCAAAACUUGAUGGCCUGCGUGAAAUGGACAAAGUCUAUUUUGAGGUGCCUCCGCAUGUGCUGCAGAUCAAAGACUUUGAGCUGGAACAGCGAUUCACCAGUGAAGAGGAAGCGGCAAAGGCUGCACAGGUCAAAGAGCUGAAGCUACGUUAUCGUCAGAACUUAGCUAUGUUGGCUGAGCUGAAGGCAGAGGAGGAUAAGUACAGGGACAUAGAGCCGCUCGUGCAACAGGAGCUGGAGAUGCAUAAGCAAAUUUAUGCUGCUUGUGCGAAUUCCGACAUCAAAAAGAUAUACAAAUUCGCAAUGCGUGUGGCAAAGGAUCAGAAACUCUUGUAAAUUGCUCCUAUUCAUGCUUUCUAAUAAUUAAGUAUUAUAUGUUUAAGCAGUAAGUGGAAUACUGGACUUAGGGAUAUGAGAUGUGUCUACAGUUAUAAAUACAAAUAAGUGUAUACUUGUAACCUAACAAUAUUUCUAUGUAAGUACAUGUUUGCCAAUUCAAAAAUCUUCCUAAUUAUUGAAGUCCAAAUAAUAAAUUAACAUUCUUAGCAUUCUAAUAUAAUAACUAAGCUGUCUUUCGAGCUUCUACUGUACUCUAUUUUCAAAACAAAACUAUAAUUCAUCAUUCGUCAUUAAAUUCGUAUGCCCUUUUAGUUGGGUAUUUUAAUUA